AUGGAGACUGUUCACCUGUCCGUCCUGUGGCUGUGCCUGCUGUUGGGACAGGGGGAGAACCAGCUCUCCAGGACCUAUUCAUGUAUAACGGUGUCUCUCUGUUUGACAGCAGAGGAAGAGAACCCAGAUUUCUGGAGAAAGCAGGCCCAGCAAGUGAUACAGUCAGCACUCAAGCGGAAACUCAACACUAAUGUGGCAAAGAACAUUAUGCUCUUCCUGGGGGAUGGAAUGGGCAUCACUACAAUGACUGCUGCCCGCAUCCUAAAGGGCCAACUGCAGAACAAGUCUGGAGAGGAGACAGUCAUGACCAUGGACACCUUCCCUCAUCUGGGCCUCACCAAGGUGUACUGUGUGGAUUUCCAGAUUCCAGACAGUGCUGCCACAGCGACAGCUUACCUGUGUGGUGUCAAGUCCAAUCUAAACACAUUGGGGUUAAGUGCAGCCGGACGCAAUGGGAUUUGCCACUCCCAGAAGGGCAACGAGGUCACCUCCAUUCUCAAGUGGGCCAAGGAUGCAGGGAAGUCGGUGGGCAUCGUCACAACAACGCGGGUACAACAUGCAACCCCGGCCGCCUCUUAUGCCCACAGUGCCAGCCGGAAAUGGUACUGCGAUGCUGACAUGCCCGCUGCCGCCAAGAGGGAUGGGUGCACCGACAUCGCCUCCCAGCUGCUCAACAACACGGACAUCGACGUGAUCAUUGGAGGUGGGAGGAAGUACAUGCUUCCUAAGGGCACAAGGGACCCUGAAUACCCAAAUGACAUCACUGCAGAGGGCAAACGGACUGAUGGGAGAAACCUCAUCUCAGAGUGGCAGAAGAUGAAAGUGGGGAAGGUGGCCCGGUAUGUGUGGAAUCGGACCGACUUUGAUGCUGUUGACCCUGACACCACGGACUACCUGAUGGCCUUGUUUGAACCCGGAGACCUGAGGUACGAAAUGGAAAGGGACCCUGCGAUGGACCCCUCUAUCACAGAGACCACGGAGAAGGCCAUCCGUAUCCUGCGCAGAAACCCUAAGGGAUUCUUCCUGCUGGUGGAAGGUGGGCGAAUAGAUCAGGGUCACCACGCCAGCCGGGCAUCCAUGGCGCUGCAUGAGACAGUGGCACUGGACAACGCCGUCGCUCGAGCACUGGAGCUGACCAAUGAGGAAGACACCCUCACCCUGGUCACCGCUGACCACUCCCACUCCAUUUCCUUUAACGGCUACCCCUUCCGAGGGAACAGCAUUCUGGGGAAAUCUCCGCUAUUUGGAACGGACAUGCUGCCCUACACCACACUGAUGUACGGAAAUGGCCCCGGGCACAAGAUUGUCAAUAACAAGCGGCCAGACAUCCGGAAGGUGAACACAGUGGACAAAAAUUACGUCCAGCAGGCGGCAGCGCCACUGGAAUCUGAGACUCAUGGAGGGGAGGAUGUAGCGGUGAUGGCGCGGGGCCCCAUGUCUCAUCUCUUCCACGGUAUCCAGGAGCAGAGCUACAUCGCCCAUACACUGGCCUAUGCAGCGUGCAUUGGGCAGGACCAAAGCCACUGCCAGACACAGUCCAGUGUUACCACGACACCCAAGAGCUCUGCUGCUGCCCCUCCUCUUGCUCAGCUAGCCACUGCCCUCUUCAGCGUUUUGCUGGCAGCCAUGAUGCACUGA